GCAUUCCAAUAUUUUAGGAAGUUCAAGAACUGCUUACUUCUUGGAGACCUUAUUUUGAUGCUUCCAAAUGCAUUUUUAUAAAUGCACCUUCAAGUAGUCGUCAAUUGUUCUAUAAUGGAGAAAAAUCACUCUUUUCCAAUCCGCAUUGUGCUAUCAGAAAUAUUCCUUUCACUGUUCGAAGGCCUACUUUUAGGGAAGCAAAACGUGUAUAUAGCCAGUUGACUCAAGUAUCCUUUGAAACGGAUGAGAAGGAAACAUUACAAAGCAACCAAGAGGGCUUAAUAUCAAUUCCAACUGCUGUAAGAAAUACAGACCCACUCUCCAGCAAAGGGGACAUGAUUGAGUUGGAUAACAAAGAUGAGGCUAAAGCUAGUUCAAGCAAAAAGGAUGCACAACCUGUUUUGAGUGAUGAAGAGAGUGAGAAUGAGCUACCUGGCAUAUCAACUCCAUUACAUCAAGCAGCAAAAUCUGGAGACGCUCACAACGUCAUGGAACUCCUGGAACAGGGCUUGGAUCCUUGCAUUAAAGAUGAAAGGGCGCGGACUCCAUAUAUGUUGGCUAAUGAGAAGGAAGUCAGAAAUAUUUUUAGAAGGUUCAUGGCAUCAAACCCUGACAAAUGGGAUUGGCAUGCUGCAAAAGUUCCUAGUGCAUUGACCAAAGAAAUGGAAGAAUCACAAGCUGCUAAGCAGGUGAUUCUGAUGCUUCUAGAAAGGGUUUUAAAUUUUUUUACCCCCUAAAUUCAAAGGUGAUUAACAUGAUGUGUUUCCCAUUUUGUUCUCUUUUAGUCU